CCAAAAUCAGAAAACAAAUUAUAAUCUAAAAAAUAAAAAAUAAAAAAAAUCUGCAAAGUUUUUCCUCUUUCUCUCUCUAAAACCUCAAAAGCCAAUGGAACCCAAUGAAACCCAACAACACUACUUCACCACUGUGACCUCCACCACUGUAACUACCUCUCCGUCACCGACCAAUGGGCUUCUGCCGCCUAAUGAAAGUGGAGGGUCCCAUCACAUGGUGUACCCUCACUCCGUGCCUUCGGCGGUGACGUCGCCCUUGGAGCCUGCUCGGAGGAAGAGAGGGAGGCCUAGGAAGUAUGGCACCCCGGAACAGGCCUUGGCUGCUAAGAAAAUGGCGUCGUCGAGCUCGAAAGAGCGGAGAGAACAGCAGCAGCAGUUGGCUCUUGGUGGCGGCGGUGGUUCGCUUUCUGCCUCUUCUAAGAAGUCUCAGUUGGUUGCUUUAGGCAAUGCCGGUCAAGGUUUUACUCCACAUGUUGUCAAUGUAGUUGCAGGAGAGGAUGUAAGCCAAAAAUUAAUGCUGUUCAUGCAACAAAGCAAGCGUGAAAUAUGUAUUUUGUCUGCAUCUGGUACGAUCUCAAAUGCAUCUCUCCGCCAGCCUGCAACAUCAGGCGGUAUCAUUGCAUAUGAGGGCCGAUUUGAGAUCAUUUCACUCUCUGGAUCUUAUGUUCGGACUGAAACUGGAGGGAGGACUGGUGGGCUCAGUGUAUGUCUAUCAAGUGCAGAUGGCCAGAUUAUUGGAGGAGGAGUUGGUGGACCUCUAAAGGCUGCCGGCCCAGUUCAGGUUAUUGUUGGUACAUUUAUGAUUGACAACAAGGAUGUUAGUGCUGGUGCAAAAGGUGAUGCCUCUGGCAGCAAGUUGCCAUCUCCGGUUGGUGGGACUUCAGUAUCUAAUGUUGGCUUUCGCUCAGCUUUUGAAACUUCAGGGAGAAAUUCAAUUGGGGGAACUGAUGAUCAUCAAAGUUUCGGAGGAAGUCAUUUCAUGAUGCAACCACAGGGCAUGCAUGUGGCACCUCGGGCCUCGGAUUGGAGGACUGGUCUAGAUGAUAGAAUUGGUUUUGAGUUGACAGGAAAAACAGGUCAUGGAGCUCGUCAAUCUCCAGAAAACGGUGACUAUGAUCAGAUGGCAGAUUAGAUAUAUGUUUUGCGUAGAUAUUUAAAUCACCACUGUUUUACAAAGAGCGAAUAGAUGUACAACUCCUUGGCCCUUGCACCUUGCUCCUUUCCCGUAGUGUAAUAUGAUAUACCUGUACAGGUCCACCCAUUACCCUUUUGUUAGUUGACACUAAUUACUGAUUAGAAUAUGCACCAUAAGGUAAGGAGAUGGCCUUUGAAAAUCCUAGUCCUGUGCUUAAUUGUUGAAAUGCUUUCAACCUAUUAUUGCUGAUAAUUUUCUUACUUUGAGUUACAUGAAUCCUCACAGGUUUAGAGGAGUGGGGGUUGGGGGAGACUAAUCAUGCAAAACUUGAGUGAUAACACAUAGCAGUUGUGCAUUUAGUCUUGAAAUUACUUAUUGUUCAAAGCCUUUUAAUUAAGUUGUGCUUUUAGUCUUGAAAUUAGUGAUUGUUCAAAGCCUCUUACUUAAGUUGUGGUUCCCAGGCCUAGGAGAUGAGAUAUUUUAGGUGUGAAAAUUAACUUGGAAGUGUGUUAUAUUUGGCAUCUUCAUGCACACAAGUCAAUCGAUGUUGAAUGAAUAAUUAUAUUUCCAUGUUUUUCUCCUUUCCUACUCAUUGUGUGAUAGAUAAUGGCCUCUUGUCUUGUCUACUCAUUUUGAUUUUUCCCCUCACACUGAGCAUUUAGUGCAUGUGAAUAGAAUAAUUGUGCUUUUGACAGGUUCUUGUAAAAGGGGGGAAAAAAAAGAAAAGAGGAUUGUUUCUGAGUAAACAACAAAUCUUAAAAGUUGAAUGUAGUGCACAUUUGGGAUUAUUUUCUGUUUUGCAGAAGGUAAAAUAGUUUGGACUGAACUCUGCCUUUCAACCUUAAUAUGUCUGAGGUUCCUUUUGGUAGCAUGGUGGGAGACUACUCACUGCACCGCGUGGUGUGGUUUUAUAAUUCAAGGUUUCAAUCAUAAAACACAGUCGUGAUGCAGUGGGAGGGACUCGCCAUGCUGCCAAAGGGAACCUUGGGAACCUUAGCGAGUGAAGAACCUUUUGUCUUUCUUGUUUCUUGGUUUGCUUAGCCAUUGUUAAAAGCAGAUUGCAGCAAGGCCAUCCAUGAAGCCAGGAGGAUUACUUAGCUCCUCAACUUGAUUUUGACCAUCUUAAUAACCCAUUUCCUCUUCUUUUAUUGGAUUAAACUAUGCUAACAAGAACAUAGAGGAUUUUACUUAGUAGUUGAUGCAUUUAUCUCAUUAUUCAAAAAGUAUAAUUCUUACCAGCAUUACCUAACAAUCAAUAACCAUCCCAGGCCAUGUGCAGUUAGCCGCCCUUGACAUUUGAUUUAUUUACGUAUGUGGUUUUUGGCAUAACAUUUUGCUUGGUUUAGAGAUUAAGAUUCAUGAACUUAUCCACCGGGGUUAUUUUUAUAUAUUUUUUAAGAAAAAAAAUCGUAAUUUAAAGAUAAAAAAAUGAAUUAUAGGUAUUAUUAUCUUAAGUCAAAGAUGCCAUGUUGAUACAUAAGGUAUAGUAGUAUUUUUAAUCACCUCUAUUUAUUUUAUGACCAGAAUCAAAUAUUGAAAGAAUAAAAAUAAAAAAUCCAAAAGAAAUGUCAAUAAAAUGUCCAAAGAGUUAGGGAAAGUGGUGCAUAUCAAAUCAAAGUUAAUAAAAAUUAAAUGCUGGUCAUAAAUAAAGUGUUGGGGAUAUUUUUAGAUCU